GCGGAGUGGCGCUGCUCAACGCCGCCUCGGCCUUUGUGGCAGCACCGGCCGCAUCACAGCCAGCCUUGAGGGGCACCCCCGCCGCGCAGGCGCAGGCCCAAUCCGCUACUGCGGGCUCUUCGCUGUCUGCGUUGGCCGCCGGUGGUGCCGUCGCCGCAGCAGCAGUGGCUGCAGGUGUUCGGCCAGGACGCCAGACACGCAGCACCAUCCUCCCUACAACGGCGAAGGAGGGCCGGGUGACACUCAAGGCAUUGGACCAGUCCAGCCGAUACGCAGACCUCUCCCUGGACGAG